AGUCUCACCGUGCAGAUAGCUGCUCCUCCCUGAACCUGGUUCACGUGGAGUUUCUCCUCCGGACUGCUGGUCAAUGUAGUAGAAGGAGUCAAAAAAAGGUGGAGCAGACUCUACCUGUGUCGCUGCCUGGCUGCGAGAAUACUUUAAAGAUGUCAGGAUUAAAAAGGACAUACUGUAAUAAGGACUAAUGGAUGAGUUCAGGCUACUGAGGCCCCUCAGUGGAAAGACAAUUAAAGAAAUAACAGGGAGUUUGAAAUCCCCAGCGUGCCAACCAGCAGCGUGUGAUGAGACUGUGACAACAUCCUCUGCAGCAAACAUGAACUUCAACGGCACCUGGAAAGUUUAUUCUGAGGAAAACCUUGAGGAGUUUCUCAAAUCCAUAGGUGCACCUCAAAUGAUUAUUAAAAUGCGUAAGGAAGUGAAACCGGUGAUCAUCAUAGAGCAGAACGGCAAAGACUUCACCUGCACCGUGAAGACUCCAGCCUGCACCAAAGUCCACUCGUUCAGCCUGGGAAAAGAGUCAGAAAUAACAACUGUGGAUGGAAGGAAGUUUAAGUGCAUUGUCAGAGAGGAGAACGGGAAGCUGAUAGCUGAAAAUGACAAGUUUACCUCAGUCAGAGAGAUUCAAGGGGAUGAAAUGAUUGAGACUAUCACUGCUGGCUCUAUAACCUUCACCAGCAGGAGCAAACGUGUCUGACCGGCCAGCUCAUGGAUCCCUCUCAGAAUUCCUCAUCUGAAGAUGAACGGAGUUAACUUAUAACUAAAUAAAUAAAGCUGAAGUUAAUAAAAUAAAAUGU